CUUUCUUCAACCCUCUUACUCGUUUUGCAACAUCGCCAGAACUUUCCCGUCUUCUUCUCUUCUUAUAAUUACCCUUCUUCCUUCAUUAUUUUCCCUAAUCCUAGUACAAUUCUGCAAAACCCUUCUCUUUAAUCUCUUCAAUCAAUUGAAUCUGCAGUUUUUCCAUGGCGGACGAAGCAAAAGCCAAGGGCAACGCGGCGUUCUCCUCCGGCGAUUACACUACCGCCAUCAAGCACUUCUCCGACGCCAUCGCCCUCGCUCCCACCAACCAUGUCCUCUACUCCAACCGAUCGGCGGCCUACGCCUCCCUCCAGAAGUAUGACGACGCCUUGAAUGACGCCAAGAAGACUGUUGAGCUCAAGCCUGAUUGGUCCAAGGGCUACUCCCGCCUCGGCGCCGCUCAUCUCGGCUUGACCCAGUACAAGGACGCUAUUGUCGCGUACAAGAAAGGGCUCGACUUCGACCCCAACAACGAAGCCUUGAAGUCCGGACUAGCAGAUGCCGAGUCCGCCGCCGCCGCUUCGUCUUCUAGGUCUAGAGCUGCUCCGCAGAGCCCUAAUCCGUUCGCCGAUUCGUUUGCCGGGCCGGAGAUGUGGGCCAAGCUCACCGCGGAUCCGUCCACCAGGCCUUACCUGCAGCAGCCGGAUUUCGUGAAGAUGAUGCAGGAGAUUCAGAAGAAUCCCAACAAUUUGAAUCUGUACCUGAAGGACCAGAGGGUGAUGCAGGCUUUGGGAGCUUUGCUCAAUGUGAAGUUCAGGGCGCCUAACGGCGGAGAGGACAUGGACAUUCCUGAGACGGAGGGUGAGUCUCCGCCGCCUCCGCCUCCUGAGAAGAAGCCAACAUCGGCCAAUGCGCCUGUGGAGGAGAGGAGCCGCGAGCCGGAGCCAAUGGAUGUGUCAGAGGAGGAGAGGGAGGCCAAGGAGAAGAAAGCUCAGGCUUUAAAGGAAAAGGAAUUGGGUAAUGCUGCUUACAAGAAGAAGGAUUUUGAAACUGCCAUCGCGCAUUACACCAAGGCGAUUGAGCUUUAUGAUGAGGAUAUCUCAUUUAUCACUAACCGUGCUGCUGUUUACUUGGAGAUGGGCAAGUAUGAAGAGUGUAUCAAAGACUGUGACAAGGCUGUGGAGCGUGGAAGGGAGCUUCGAUCAGAUUACAAGAUGGUUGCAAGAGCCUUGACAAGGAAAGGUUCUGCCUUGGUGAAAAUGGCCAAGACCUCAAAGGACUAUGAACCAGCGAUCGAGACCUUCCAAAAGGCCCUGACUGAGCAUCGUAACCCUGAUACACUGAAGAAAUUAAAUGAAGCAGAGAAAGCGAAGAAGGAUCUUGAACAGCAAGAAUAUUUUGAUCCUAAGCUGGCUGAUGAGUCACGUGAGAAAGGAAACGAAUAUUUCAAGGAGCAAAAGUAUCCUGAUGCUAUCAAGCAUUAUACAGAAGCAAUCAAGAGAAACCCAAAGGAUCAUAGGGCAUACAGCAACAGAGCGGCUUGUUACACGAAACUAGGUGCUAUGCCAGAGGGAUUGAAGGAUGCCGAAAAGUGCAUUGAACUUGACCCGGCUUUUGCCAAAGGUUACACGAGAAAGGGUGCUAUUCAAUUCUUCAUGAAGGAGUAUGAGAAGGCCUUGGAGACCUACCAAGAAGGUUUGAAACAUGAUCCUCAGAACCAAGAGUUGCUUGACGGUAUAAGAAGAUGUGUUGAUCAAAUGAACAAGGCUAGCCGUGGGGAUAUAAGCCCUGAAGAACUGAAAGAGAGACAGGCAAAGGCAAUGCACGACCCUGAAGUUCAGAACAUCCUCUCUGACCCUGUCAUGAGACAAGUUUUGCAAGAUAUUCAGGAGAACCCAAAUGCAGCUCAGGAGCAUAUGAAGAACCCCAUGGUGAUGAACAAGAUCCAAAAGCUUGUGAAUGCUGGCAUUAUCCAAGUUCGCUAAAUUUGCUGACAAAUGAUCUGUUUCUAUGCUGUGUCUGCAAAUUUUCUCCCCAAGUAUUUUUGUCAUCCUCUUCUCUGAGUUAAGAUCAGUGGAAAUUGUAAUCUUUUAGCCGGGAUUUGAUCCGAACAGUGAUCUGUGAACAUGGGUUUUUCCCCUUUUAGUAUUGGGUGGAAUUUUGAUAUGAAUCUGUUAUGGUCAAUUGGUCAUGCCGUCCCUUCUUUUAGGGUCGUGAAAUGCACUUGAACGCAAACUACCGACUUAGAUUGUUAGUACUUAGUAGCUGAAGAUGAGUGACGUUCUAUGUAAGGUACCCAAAAACUGGUAAUCUAUCUCUGGGCUUCGCUUGACCCAGUAUCUUCUGUACACACCAGCGAAUGCACUCUGCAAAAUACCGAUCUUGAGGACUCUCAUUAAGCAAUUAUUGUCCCUUCCAUCUCCUUUU